AUGACCGCGUCUUCAACUUCGACUCCGACAGCUUCCAAUGCAACUUGCCCUGCGACGACGCCACCACCGAUGCGCGUACCGAUCAUGACGUUUAUCGCCGGCAUUGGCGACAACGUGCGCACGCAGUUUGCCGCUUCCAACUCUCCAGCAGGUGAGCUCUACCGGUCUGGCAAACUGGAAUUUAUCGACAUUCCGUCGCCGCAGUUGGUCGGCAACAAGCAGAACCCGAUUCAUGGACACAAGAUGGAAGACCCGGGUGAGCCACGCUGGGACCUCACGCCCAGUCAGCAGCGUAUCGUGGAGCAGGCGGACGUUGUCAUGAUGGACUCGAACGGAGGUGGUCCUGUCUUCCUCGCUCCCAAAGAGAAUUUACCCGAAGACAAGCAGCACGUGCUGAGCAAUGUCAAGUGGGUGCAAGCCACAUAUGUCGGUGUCGAGACGUACUUGGACCUGCUACCCAAAGGGGACAACCGGUCGGCUUUGCCAAAGUUCACGCUGACCCGGGCCGGUGGAAUGAUGCCGCGAAUCAUGGCGCAGUAUGUGCUGGGAUACGUCACGGCUAUCGAAAGAAGGUUGCUGGAUGCCAUGGAGUACCAGCUGAACCACGAGUACGCUCGCAUUGACAUGAUCCGCUUCCGUCCUACGCAGUCGGUCACGGUGGGAAUCCUGGGACUUGGAGACAUUGGUCAAUACACCGGCAAGAUGCUGCGCAGCUUUGGCUACAACGUGCUGGGCUUCAAGCGCCGCGUAAGUAAGCACGGCCUUGCUGACCUUGCCGAAUGUGCCGACCACGUCACCACGAGCCUGGACCAAGUGCUAGCCGAGAGCGACUACCUCAUCAACCUCCUGCCGAGCACCAGUGCGACGCGAUACGUGCUGAACGAAACGAACCUGGAGUUGUGUCGCUCACGCAGGCCCGUGUUCAUUAACAUUGGCCGUGGAGACGUGAUAUCCGAGAAGACGCUGGUGGAUGCACUGAACAAGGGCAGGUUUUCACGCGCUGUGCUCGAUGUGUUCGAGAAGGAGCCCCUUCCGAAAGACAGCCUGUUGUGGGAACACCCGUCGGUGCUGCUGACGCCACACGUAUCGGGUAAAGUGUUCCCCGAGGAUGUAGCCGCGAUGUUUCUGGACAACUUCAAUCGAUACCUGAAGGGCGAGCCGGUACGGUACAAAGUCGACUGGGUCGGGGGCUACUAG